AUGAUAAGCAAAUGGAUCUCCGAAUUGUGCCUCCAGAAUAGCACCCCCUUUAGCAAAAAAGUGGUUUUAGAACUCGAUGCAGGAAGUGGACUAGCCAGCAUUUCUCUUUUCACGCAUGGGAACAUUUUUCUCAACGGAACUAAUCAAGGACCGAACCAAGUAGUCAUUACCGAUGUCAACCCAUUCACACUAAGUAACAUUUCGAAUAAUGUCCUAUUAAACGUAGAACUCUUUGGCCUCCCAGAUUCAGCAUGUAGGAGUAAAAACAGGGAUGAGUCACAAGAAUUCUUUGAUCAAUUAAAAAACGGAAAUUACGUCAUACAGUUGUUCACACCCCCGAGUCACUACUGCAUGAGCCCCUUCCUCAUCUUAAGUCAGGACCUGUAUGAGGAAAAGUUCUCCGAGUUUACCGACGCCUCCAACUUUGUCAUGAUGCGCUGCCAAAAGUACUAA